AUGCUUGCGGUAGCAAACGAGAAGGGCAUGAACGUCAAUCACUGGGAUGUGAAGCAGGCGUACACACACGCCACGCUAGACGAGGAGGUUUUGCUGAGGCUCCCCGCUGGGUGCGGGGACAAAUCGCAUAAAAUUGUUAAGGCUGAGCGUGCGAUUUAUGGUCUGAAGCAGAGCGGUAGGCAGUGGGGGUACCACGCUGCUGAUACGCUAGUCGAGAAAGGGUUCGAGCAGUGCAAGGUGGACCCGUGUGUUUUCCGCAAGAUGGUAGACGAAGUCGUGGUGAUGACUAUCGUGAUUUAUGUGGAUGACAUUUUGGUGGCUUGGUCUGAUGAGGAUUGCGAGGAGUUGCUUGCUUCUCUCAACAAGAAGUUUCUCACCAAAAAUCUGGGAGAAUGCGAAUGGUUUGACGGGUGUACCAUCGAGAGAGAUGUAGAGGCUGGGACUCUCAAAAUCUCGCAAACCGCGUACAUCGACAGCAUGGUGGAACCCUUUGAUGUACAAUCGACCUCCCGCAUCCCUGCUUCCCCUGGUGUCGACCUAGGACCGAAGCGAGAUGACGAGAAGGGAGGGGAGUGGCCGGUGAGGGAGGCCAUCGGCAGCAUGAUGUGGGUGUCGAGGUUCUCGCGUCGCGACGUCUCGUUCGCCGUGCGCACGGUAGCGCGCCACGCCCACGCCCCGGCGAAGAGGCACUGGGAUGCCAUCCAGANCUGUGCUUUCUUUUGUUGCCCCAGAGACCAGAGGCGAUAUGGCCGGGAGCUCUUCGACAGACCGCAAGCGCCAUUCCGACUCAAGAUCCGCCUGCUCCAGGCGGAGGCGAUGGAGGCACUGCUGUACGGCUGCAUGACAUGGUCACCACUCAGCGGCCACUAUCAGACGCUGCGGUCGAUACACCACCGACUGCUCCUUCGAGUUAUCAGGGACAAGCGCAAGAAAAUCACCUACCGGCAGCUCCCUUACGCCCAGACGCUGAAGAGGGUCAAAUGCCACAGUGUUGAAGCCACGAUCCGACAACGACGCCUGCUAUUCGCGGGAGCAUUGGCAAGGAAGCCGGACGGGCGACUCCCGAAACGACUGAUGCUCGGCGAACUGGCGAGGGGGGAGAAAGGACGUAUGGGGGGACAGGAACAGAACUGGCCGAAGUGUGUGCUCGACGACCUGAAGGCAUUCGGGGCCGACCACGGAUCUACGAAAACCGAUCCAUGUUGUCUCGGAAUCCCGGUACCGAAAGACACGGCACCGAAGUUAAAGUGGACGGAAGCCGCGAAGGUGGAGGGGGGAGUACCCUGGCAUGUGGCGGUGCUGCAGGGAGCUGAGAGGUUCAUGACCUACUGGCACGAGAAGGAAGAAGAGGCCAGCCGACAACGGGCGCUCAAACGAAACCACAAGCCAACAACCAAUGGGGCGGGAGGCAGGCAGGAGACGGACGAGACGGCGAGGGAAGAAAGCAAACGAGAAUAG